UUGGUGCCAUGCUAGUCGUCUGCUUCACCUCAUAGCUCACCCAUGUGUUCCGACGAUGCACCCGGUUAACUGUCGUCUGCUACUGUCAAGUUUGCUUGCUUACGUCAUCCACACCACCGAUGGCUGCGGCCGAAAUCCGGCCCGAACCAAACCCCCACCCACCACCCCGAACCCUUAUGAGAAAACAACCCCCGGGGUCACACCCCCGACCACGACCGUCUACGAGGGUCACCAGAAGGUCUGCACACCCCCGGAGAUCAGGGAGGCUGCAUGUCUCAACGGCGGAGAUUGCUUCGCGUUGGAAUUCUUCGGCGUCAGAUCAGCUCACUGCACAUGUUACGAGUGGUGGACUGGCAAGCGGUGUGAAAGAAUCGAUACCAACAUUUUUGUUAUAUCAGCCGACAAAGUGGAGAAGGCUGGAAUCGCAGCUGGAGUCGUUGCCAUUAUUAUCAUUCUUACAGUCAUCAUCAUUUAUUUGAUUGUACGCAAGAGGAAACAGAGGAGGAUGAGGGCAGAAGAGAACGGACGAUCUAAUGGCCAUGCAUGUAAAUCAUUGUUAACUGACCAAGACAAUAAAAUGACCUCCAUAGAGCUCGAGGAAGCUGUGACAUUAACAACAAAAGUAUGACGUUUAUCUGCCUAAUGCUGGUCUGCUGGUCUAGGAGCAGUCUGCACAUGGACCCAGUGGCGUAGCUAGGGUUACAAUCGACCCCGAAGUUACACUAGGGGUCCAAUAGAUCCUUGGGCACAUCUGUUUCCAAAAUAAAAUAGCCGAUAAAACACACACACACACA